GAUCCCUUUUGAUUCAGAUCUAUAACUGGCUGCUUGCUCUGUUCAUUCUUGUCCAGAGCAUUAUUUUAAGAUAAAAGACAUACAUAAUGGUAAAGAUAAAGUUGCCUAAUCCAGGCCUGGAAAAUAGAAUACCUUCCCAUGAACAGCUAGAAAUCCUUGAGAAAGAAGAAGCAGAUUCAAGACCGAAAUGGGAUAACAAAGCUCAGUAUAUGUUAACCUGCAUAGGCUUUUGUGUGGGUUUAGGAAAUGUAUGGCGGUUUCCUUAUCUCUGCCAGAGUCAUGGAGGAGGAGCCUUCAUGAUUCCUUUCCUCAUUCUGCUUGUCCUGGAGGGCAUCCCACUGCUUCAUCUUGAGUUUGCCAUUGGUCAGAGGCUGAGAAAAGGGAGUGUGGGGGUCUGGAGCUCCAUCCAUCCCACCCUGAAGGGUGUGGGCAUAGCAGCGAUGCUUGUGUCCUUCCUUGUGGGCCUAUACUAUAACACUAUCAUUGCCUGGGUGAUGUGGUAUUUCUUCAACUCCUUCCAAGAGCCAUUGCCCUGGAGUCAGUGUCCGCUCAAUGCAAAUAGAACAGGGUUUGUAGAAGAAUGUGCCAAAAGCUCUCCUGUAGAUUAUUAUUGGUACAGAGAAACAUUAAAUGUUUCCACUUCCAUUGACAAUUCUGGCACUAUCCAAUGGUGGCUUUUACUAUGUUUAACAUGUGCAUGGGGUGUUCUGUAUGUGUGCACAAUCAGAGGCAUUGAAACAACGGGAAAGGCUGUGUAUGUAACAUCUACACUUCCAUAUGUUGUACUUACCAUUUUCCUGAUCCGUGGCUUGACGUUGAAAGGAUCAGUCAGUGGAAUUGUUUAUCUCUUCACUCCCAAUGUUGCUGAGUUGGCCAACCCUGUCACAUGGCUGGAUGCUGGAGCACAAGUGUUCUACUCCUUCUCCCUUGCCUUUGGAGGCCUCAUCUCCUUCUCAAGUUACAAUUCCAUUCAUAAUAACUGUGAAAAAGAUGCAGUGAUUAUCUCUGUGAUCAAUGGUUUCACAUCCAUUUAUGCAGCAACUGUCAUCUAUUCCAUCAUUGGAUUCAGAGCCACAGAGAGAUUUGAUGCUUGUUUUGACAGAAAUAUUCUCACCCUGAUGAAUGCUUUUGAUUUGCCAGAAGGUAACGUAACCCAGGAAAACUUUGGAGAACUACAGAAGUUGUGUAACAUGACUGAUCCAGGGGCUUUUGCAAACCUUAAGUUUGAGACCUGUAACCUAGAAAGUUUCUUAAAUGAUGGAGUUGAAGGAACUGGCUUAGCUUUUAUUGUCUUCACUGAAGCUAUCACCAAAAUGCCUGUCUCACCAUUGUGGUCCAUCCUCUUCUUUAUCAUGCUGUUCUGUCUGGGCUUGUCCUCGAUGUUUGGAAACAUGGAAGGUGUCCUUGUACCCUUACAAGACCUUAAUCUCAUUCCUAAAAAAUGGCCUAAGGAACUUAUAACAGGUCUAAUUUGUGUAGGGUCGUAUUUGCUAGCCUUUAUUUUUGUACUGAAUUCUGGUAAUUACUGGCUGGCUCUGUUUGACGGUUUUGCUGGAUCCAUCCCCUUGCUGAUCAUUGCUUUUUGUGAGAUGUUUUCAGUUGUGUACAUCUAUGGAGUAGACAGGUUUAACAGUGACAUCGAGUUUAUGAUUGGACACAAACCCAAUAUUUUCUGGCAGGUCACAUGGAGAGUUGUCAGUCCUCUCAUAAUGUUAGUUAUCUUCUUCUUCUACUUUGUGGUGAAAGUCAACCAAAAACUGCUUUAUGGUGUUUGGGAUCCUAAUUAUGAAGAGUUCCCCAAAACAGAGAAAAUUGGAUAUCCUGGUUGGGUCUAUGCCAUCAUUGUCAUCCUGGCUGGAGUGCCUAGUCUGGUCAUCCCUGUCUUUGCCAUCUAUAAAUUCAUCCACAAUUACUGUAGAAAGAAACGGGGUCUUGUUGGCUCAGCUUCUGAGCCCUCUAUGAAUGGAGAGUUGAAGAACCCCGCAUAAAAACAUUCCAGAGAAGUGGGGGAUAAAAGACUUUGUUAAUGAGGAAAGGAAAUACAAAUUUUUAAAAGCCAUGAUUAGUUUCAUCCCAAUGUGGAUAAUGAUGUGAGGUUUCAAGGGAAACGAUGAAGCGAAGAGAUCCCUACAAGGACAGAUAUGACUAUCCAAUUGUUCAGGCUCCAACAACAAUGCCAUAUUUAUCCCAACUUGUCUUGCACAGUCAUUCAUCUUUACCAUACAUGGCACUGUGUUGCACGAAGUCAUUGAUGUAUUUUCAUCAAGCAGAAGUAUUAGAAUAUUUAAUUAAAAUAUUUGGAAGUA